AUGACCGGUGACGCCUACAGGGAAAUGAUGCGGCUCACCAACAAGGAGCAGUUCGAAGUUAUUCGGGAAGUCAUCCACCGCCUAACGUGCCCGGCCUCCGACCCGCUCAGAAUUUUCCUGACUGGCGUGGCAGGUUGUGGCAAGACCUUCGUUCUGCGGCUUAUUAUGGACGCCUACAACCGUUACAGCAAUACCCCUCCACGUGCACGCACAACGCGUACGUCUCGUGCGCCACAACAGGCAAGGCAGGCGGUUGCCAUCGGCGGACUCACCGUGCACGCCGCGUUCAAGCUGAGUAUGCGCACCGACGGGGGCUUGCGCGAUGGAGACCUCAACUCCUUCCGUUCAGCGUUCACCAACAUCAAAUGCGUCAUUGUGGACGAAUGCAGCAUGAUGAGCAGCGACACUCUCGCGCGUGUGGACGACCGUCUGCGACAGAUAACUGCAAACUACAAUGAGCCUUUCGGCGGCUUGGACUUCAUCCUGUGCGGUGACUUGCGCCAGUUGCCCCCCAGCGACACCAAGUUUUCCACCGCCUUGUCUAAGAUCGGCGAUGGUCGUGCGCUCGAAAAGGAGGAAGUCGACAUGCUUCAAGCCCGCUUUGUCUCCAAGGACGACGCGAAGCUCCACUGUCCUCACGGCGUCAGGCUGUUCUAUUCCAACAAGGAAGCCGAGGCGUACAACACGCAGGACGCCGUCCAGGACGUGGAUGCUAUUUACGAGGCUAAUGCAGACGACACCAUUGUCCGCUAUCGCAGUGACGCCGACUGUGAGAGUGCGAAGCGUCGGUUACACUCCCUUACCACUUCUGAGGUUGGCAACCUGCCGCGAAAAGUUGUGCUAUGUUCAGGAAAGCCAUACAUGCUUACCCUCAACAUUGACGUGUCCGACGGCUUGGUUAAUGGAGCG